AUGAGCUCUGAUGCAGAGAUGGCCAUUUUUGGAGAAGCAGCUCCCUACCUGUGGAAAUCAGAGAAGGAGAGAAUCGAGGCUCCAAAUCGCCCAUUUGAUUCUAAGAAAGCUUGCUUUGCAGUGGAUGAUAAGGAAUUUUAUGUGAAAGGUAUGAUCCAGAGCAAGGAAAAUGACAAAGUCACAGUCGAGACCCUCGACAACCGGACACUCACUCCGAACAGUGACCAAGUCUUCCCCAUGAACCCUCCCAAAUUUGACAAGAUCGAGGACAUGGCCAUGAUGACCCACCUACACGAGCCAGGAGUGCUGUACAACCUCAAAGAGCGUUACGCAGCCUGGAUGAUCUACACCUACUCAGGCCUCUUCUGUGUCACCGUCAACCCCUACAAGUGGCUGAAGGUGUACAACCCUGAGGUGGUGAUGGCCUACAGAGGCAAAAAGCACCAGGAGGCCCCGCCCCACAUCUUCUCCAUCUCUGACAACGCCUAUCAGUUCAUGUUGACUGAUCGAGACAACCAGUCCGUCCUCAUCGCCGGAGAAUCCGGGGCUGGGAAGACAGUGAACACCAAGCGUGUGAUCCAGCACUUUGCAGCAACUGCGGUCACUGGGGAGAAGAGGAAGGAGCAGCGGCCGGGCAAGAUGCAGGGAACCCUGGAAGACCAGAUCAUCCAGGCCAGCCCCCUCCUGGAGGCCUUUGGAAAUGCCAAGACCGUGAGGAAUGACAACUCCUUGAGAUUCGGGACGUUCAUUCGUAUUCACUUUGGAGCCACAGGAAAGCUGGUGUCAGCGGACAUUGAAACCUAUCUCUUAGAAAAAUCCAGGGUGGCAUUUCAGUUAUCCCGUGAGAGAGGCUAUCAUAUUUUUUACCAAAUCAUGUCAAACAAGAAGCUGGAACUUAUGGACCUGCUUCUCAUUUCAACCAACCCCUUUGACUUCCCCUUUGUGAGCAAAGGAGAGGUCACCGUGGCCAGUAUUGAUGACAGUGAGGAACUGUUGGCCACUGAUGUAAGUGGCCAAGGGCCGGCCCGGGCUGGAGACGUGCAGGAAGCAGAGCUGGGCCAGCUGGCCAGAGUGGGAUACCUCGUGUGA